AUGAUCGAUCAGCAGCGGCAGCAGCAGCAGCAGCAGCAGCAACUGCACUUUUGUUCUUCAUUUCUUUUCAGUCUUUUCACCAGAAUGACAUCAAUGCGGCGGAUAUUUGGGCUUCUGCUCAUCAGCCUUAUGGGAGUGAAUGGACUCAAUUACUUCCCCAAAUCAUUUGUGACGGCAAAGAUAAACGCCUCGGUCACAUUGCCGUGCGGUGCAACAAUCAAUGGAGAUGACGUCACAUGGACGUUUAAAGGUAGGGACCUGGAUGAAGAUUACCAAGAUGAGGUGCAGAAGGCUGGUGCCAAUCUACUGGUCAAGGAGGUAGGCAGGCCCUUGCUGGGAGAGUACACUUGCUGGAGCGGAGGGGAGAGCGCGUCCGUUUAUCUCCUGCUGGAGGCCGAGGAGGAGGGGGAACUCGAUUCUUUCCUCACCUGCCGCGCCAAGUCCUACAACUGCGCUUUUAGCUGUACCUGGGUCGACAAUAAGUACAAAGUUGUACGCCUCGGACUGGACCCGCAUUGCCGUGAAGGAGGCGACUCGUGCAGCUGGGUCAAAAGCACCGUUGAGCAACAAGAUGGCCGACUCCACUUUGAGCUGCGCCACUCGCUCUCACCCUACUCCGAGGAGAGCACCAGGCUGGAACUCACGGCCGAAGCCCUCGAAAACAACUCCCUCCUCAGGAGGACCAAGACAUUUUAUCUCAGAGAUAUCAUUCAACCAGACAGUCCUGAAAUUGUUCAAUGUCAAGAAGUGGAUCACAGCUUAAGCGUGACCGUCCGUCCUCCAUCCAGCUGGUCCACCCCUCACAGUUUCUUCGGCCUGGAGCACGAGGUGGAAUAUGAGCGCAAAGAUGACGGAAAGAAGGGACGCUCGUCGCUCUCCUUGGUACCCAAGAAGAUCAGCAGGUUGCGGGUUCACUCCCGGGACGAGCUGGUCCAGUCAGCCUGGAGCCAGUGGACUGAAUGGACAACUGUAACCUGCUGACCACAGCGUCUGCUGCCUUUCCAUCUCUUGCAACAUACUAUGUCCGAAAGUCAGUGAGGCCUUUGUAGUUUUACGGAACAUUCAACACUGACACUCUGACACCAAACUAUUUAUUCAUAUGUUUCUUUAUUGUUUCUUUAUUUUAAACCAAGCAACCUGCUGUUCCUUAAAUGAGGGUUUUGCUCACUUUCCCCCUUUCUUCUGCAUUCAUUG